GUUUCCCGACCUGAAGAGGCGCCGUCUUCCUGGGUCCCGAGCACUCUGUGCCGGAGGACUCUGCCCUUUUCUACAAGGAGAGCACAUAGGAGGGAAUGGCUGCUGUGUCUCCAACUGCCAGAUGCCAGGAAUCAGUGACAUUCGAGGAUGUGGCCGUGAUUUUUACAGAUGAAGAGUGGAGGCAUCUGGUCCCUAUUCAGAGGGACCUCUACAAGGAGGUGAUGCUGGAAAACUAUAAGAGCAUUGUCUCAUUGGGACUUCCAGUUCCUCAUCCUGAAGUCAUUUUUCAGUUGAAGAGAGGGUAUGAGCCUCAGAUAGUUGAUCUUCAUGGAUCCGAGGAGAGAGAAUGUCCAGAGAAUAUCUCUCCAGACUGGGAGACUAAGCCUGAGAUUCACGGUAGUUCAGAUAAAGAAAAAUCAGAAGGCACAGUGAGGGGGAAGCUUGAAGUAGAAGUUCCUGUGUGCCCUAAAUUUGAAGUUCAUGCACUAGAGAGUGAGUCGGAAGCAAGGAAGGAGAGCUCUGCAGUGCCGACUUGCAAGAAGUCCCUUUCCCAGAAGGAAAACUUGCAACAAGAGUCCACCCCUCUCAAGAAAAGUCUUACUAAAGGGAGAGACCAGGAAUGCAGCAACUGUGGGAAGACCUUUUUUGACCACUCAUCCCUUAUCCGCCACCAGAGGACUCACACAGGUGAGAAGCCCUAUGACUGUCAUGAGUGUGGGAAAGCCUUCAGUCACAGGAGCAGUCUCAGUAGACAUCUGAUGUCACACACUGGGGAGAGCCCCUAUGAAUGCAACGCAUGUGGGAAGGCUUUUUUCGACCGGUCGUCCCUAACUGUCCAUCAGCGAAUUCAUACCGGAGAGAAGCCCUUUAAAUGCAGUGAAUGUGGAAAAGCCUUCUUUGACCGUUCGUCCCUUACUCGACACCAGAGAAUCCACACUGGGGAAAGCCCUUACGAAUGUAAUCAGUGUGGGAAAGCCUUUAGCCAGAAAAGUAUUCUUACUCGCCAUCAGCUCAUCCACACUGGCAGGAAGCCUUAUGAAUGUAAUGAGUGUGGGAAAGCCUUCUAUGGUGUCUCAUCACUGAAUAGGCAUCAGAAAGCUCACACUGGAGAGCCUCGCUAUCAGUGCAGUGAGUGUGGGAAAGCUUUCUUUGACCGCUCAUCCCUUACACAGCAUCAGAAGAUUCACACUGGAGACAAGCCAUAUGAGUGCACCGAAUGUGGAAAAGCCUUUAGCCAGAGAUGCCGGCUUACACGACAUCAGAGAGUGCAUACGGGAGAGAAACCCUUUGAAUGCAGCGUGUGUGGGAAAGUGUUCAGUUCUAAAUCAUCCGUUAUUCAACAUCAACGGCGUUAUGCCAAACAAGGAAUAGACUGAGUGGGGCGAAACCUUUAGUCAAAGGACCUCCAUAGAAACUCAAGAUAGGUCUUCCCCAUCAUAAGUAAAUCCAUCAUGUGAGCAUUCUUCCUAUUCUGGCUUCUACUCUCCUUUUGCAUCUCUGCUACCACAAUGUCAAUAAACGUUCUCCACCUACCAUGUUAUAGAACUGAUGUGGGAUGCCAGAAAUUAGAAUGUGACUCUGAGGGGUCGACACUUUGCAGAAGUUUGUCAGACAACAAGAUAAACAUUAGGAGGUGAUCCUCAGACAUGCCUCUUGUCUGAGGCCCAAGGUACCAUUGCACUUUAAUAACUGGAGGCUCGAAGAGGAGGGAAGGCAAAAUUAGAGCAGCACUAUUGUUUCCAGAAAAGUUCUUUUUAUAGCUGCAUCCCUUUUUCCAGGGGCUUUUUUGGGCACCAACCUUGUUCUUUGUGUCCCAUCUUUUAGGUCCCUACUACUACUACUACUACUAGAUAACUGGCACUUAUUGAGCGCUUAUUAUGGGGUAAGCACUCAGCAGAGAGUUUGGCAAAGAAUAGACUGUUUGGUUCUCUCACCAACCCUAUGAAGUAGAAGUAUGUACUGUUAUCAUCCUUGUUUUACAGACGAGCAAACUGAAGUUUAGAUGUGUUAAAUAAUUUGCCCAAAGUGACACAGCUAGUAAAAGGUGAAGCCAAUCCUUGAAUACAAGUCUACCUUCAAAGUCUUUUCUCUUAACCUUUAUGCUGUAUGAUUUGUUUAAUAAUUUAUGUACAUGUAUGAUCUCCUCAACUAGAUUGUAAGAACUCGGAGGCAUGACUUAUGUGUCUUUGUAGCUCACACAGUGCCUUGCACAUAAUAGGUGCUCAAUAAAUAUUUAUCUGCAUUCAUGACUUUUCUACUUAACAAGCUCUCUUUAAAUAAAACACCUCUUAGAUGUAUAUCCUUUCUCUGAAUUUGCAGUCUAGCCUACACCUUUAUCCUCUCAGGCUCCCAUUACUGUGACAGUCAUUUCCUUUUUUUUUUUUUUUAAGAUUUUAUUUAUUCAUGAGAGACACAGAGAGAGAGAGUCAGAGACACAGGCAGAGGGAGGAGCAGGCUCCAUGCAGGGAGCCAGAUGUGGGACUCGAUCCCAGGUCUCCAGGAUCAGGCCCUGGGCUGAAGGCGGUGCUAAACCACUGAGCCACCGGGCUGCUGGUGAUAGUCAUUUCCUAAUUGGAAUUCUUCCCUCUUCAUUAUUGAACAGGGGUAUGCUAAGCUACGGUGCCAUAAUAAGUAACCCCCCAACUGAAGAUUCAUGUCUCUCAUAAAAUCUGAUGUGAGUCAAUCUAUCGCACUCCAUCCUUAUUUAGAACAUGUUGCCUCUAAGGUUAUCAUGAAAGAGAAAGCUAUAAGAUAUUUUAGGAUAUUUUUAAGGGCCAUCAUGUCUGUCCACAUCUCACAAACCAGAACCCAGCACCAGAGGCUAGGAAAGCAAACAAGCAAUAUUUGGUUAACAUCAACAACUGUCACAAAUUACAUUUUGCACAUUACUAACAUUUUGCACAUUACUGUUAGACCAGUCUUUCUAAAUAAUCCCUUCCUGCUCAUCAUUGCCUUACCCAAGACCUAAAAUAGCUCCCUAUUUAAUGAAAGCUUCUUUGAAUAUUUCAGGUCUGCCUUGAUGUGAUUCCACCUCAUUGAACUUUUAAGUUCUGACCUUCAAACCUCUUCUAUACCCUGGGCCCAGCCCUAUGUUUUUAUUUUAUUAAAGGUCAGGCACUAGGCAGCUUUGACUCUAGGCAUCUGCAUUCCCUACCUAGUUGCUUGAGGUGAAGCCUGGAAGAGGACUUGAUUCUGAAAGACUGUCUGGAACUUAGCUCACCCUGCAUGAAUCCCAGUGGACCAAGAUGCAUUUCUCCUGGGAGUUAAGAGUCAGAUUCAAGGAGCUGGAUUGCCAAACAGACCUCUCUCCAGCCUACUAACGACUUUUCUUAAAGCAGAUGAGUGGCAGGGAAGACUUUUCACAUGUGGACUCUUGAAGCAACUUGAGGAAAAACACUUCAGAAAGUGCAGAAUCUAUCUGAGUGGAUAAUAUCUGGUCUUAUUUAAUAAGUUAAGUAGGAAAUAAAAGGGACUAUGACAAACUUUUGACUGGUGAUUCUGAGAGUUCUGAAUCUUUAAUUUAUUCCCUUUUUAAAGGUAAAUUGAGGAUCAAGUAUUGCCCUAAGCUAUUUUGCCAUUGUCAGCACCAGGAGACUAGAACAAAUUCAGAAUACUGAUGGA